CCGAUGCGGAAUCGAGAGAAAGUGUCAUCACUCUUUGUACCCCAGACCUCCUACAGAGGUGGAUGGAGACUUGCUAGACAGCCUCAUGGAUUCAAACCUUGGAAAUGCUUAUACUUCCAUACUAUUUUAUACCUCAAGGCUAUAAAGUAGUCAUUUUUUCUCAGUCUCUAGUCAAUUCUGUAGGAAACAGAAGGUUAUAAGGUUUUGUCAUAGUAGUGACUUGACCUAUAAACAAUACUAUUGUCAUUUGGCGCAGAACUGAAACACUUAAGAAACAUGUUCCAUAUUCAGGGCAAGAAGGAAUUGAGGAGCUCAGAAGAAUUGCUAUAAACCAGGUCCCAUACCAUACUCACAAAAUGCAAUUUUCAAGAAACUCAAUACUUAGACAACGAAGCAGAAAAGAAGGUUGGAGGUCGGUUUCUAAAAGGUGGACAUCCGAAGAUAGUUCAACGGCCUUCACCGACGUAACAAGCUGUGGUGGUGGGCCUGGUGGUGGUUACUCUUCAAUGGAGGGUCUUUAUGGGGUCUACUCAAAUGGAGAUACAGCAACCAGAAGCAAGAGGGUGAUGGUUGUGGUGGAUGAGACUUCGAGGUCGAAACAUGCCAUGAUGUGGGCUUUGACUCAUUUGACUAAUAAGGGAGAUUUGAUGACUCUUCUCCACGUUGUGUCUCCUCAUGAUGAAGCUUCUCCUUCUUUGGUUCAAUCACUUGGUUCUCUUUGCAAAGCUUGUAAACCCGAGGUGGAUGUGGAGGCGUUGGUGGUUCAAGGACCAAAGUUAGCAACUAUACUCAGCCAAGUGAAGAAACUUGAAGUCACUGUUCUUGUUUUGGGUCAGAAGAAAUCUGCACCAUUCAUCUCCUGGUGCGUCAUCUCAACCGAGAGUUUGCUUAGCACCGUCUAUAGAGGAGCUCUACCACAGUGCAGAAACAUGCUUGAUACUGCCAGCAAUGGUUUCUUUUUGGGAAGAACUGAGGAAGAGGCAGAGAAACUGGUAGAGAACAUGGCCAAGAGUGACUCAGUCUACAGUGAGGAGUAUGAUAAGAUCAACAGAAGUGAUGAUCAACAGACAAAGAAAGAGAUCAAGUCCUUACAAGACAAGAUGGAUUUGCUUCUUUCCAACCAAGCUAAACAGGAGCAGAUGAACUUUGUGGGUGGUCCUACUCAAGAGGUUCCUCCUAAGGUCAAUGAGGUUGAUGGUUUAGAAGGCCAAGAAGAGCUGUGCUUCAUUAAUGCUAAUGGCACAUGGUACAGGAAAUAG